CAGAUGCAGCUUGUGCUUGGGGAUUACAUUAAAAAAAAUGGGCAGAUGUCACUGAGGUUGGCUGAGGCAAACGACGUUAUUAACUGGUUCAACAAUCACUCAAUUGCACUUCAUUUACUAUAUGCGGAGCAACGCCGCACUGCAGACCAAGCAAGGGCUCUUAUUAGACCUUGUAUCACUCAGUGGACAUCCCACAUAAUGGCCAUUGGCCAGCUAAUCCAACUGGAAAUUCCAUUUAAAGCCGUUGCAGUGAGGAGUAGAAAGGAACUUGAAAUGGCUGCUGGAACAUGGUGUGAUGCAAUCACAAAAGUGCAGCAGAUUCUUGCAAUAAUUCAGGAUGAACACUUCUGGGAUGACUUGAAACAGUGA